UAGAAGCCUGCAAUGGCAAAACCGUAAAACAAGCGGAAGAGUGAGAAGAAAGAAGAGUCGCGAGAGGAGAGAGAAAGUGAAAGAGAGAUCAGCCAGCAUUCGGCAAUGGCGGGGGGAGAGAGAGCGGUGGCGACGCUGCCGAAACUGAUAAGGAGCCUCCGGAAACAGCCGCCGAAGCCGAAAACGGCGUCGUAUCAACAAACGCUUCCUUCCCUCAGACGAGCCUUCUCCCUCUACGAUCAGAUCAACCUCAUCGACAACGUCCCUGACGACCAGCUUCGCUUUCAACGGUAUACGGAUACGGGAUUCACGGUGAAUGGUGUGGAGUAUGAAGGAAGCUUGCUUUGUGUUGGGAAUUUGUUAAUGUCUUGGGCUCCCAAGAAAUUCUCAGAAAUCACUCCUGAUAGUUUAUCCAUUUUCAAAGUUGUGCGCCCUAUACCAGAGAUUUUGAUACUUGGCAGUGGAAGGAACAUUGAACCGGUUGAUCCUGAACUACGACGCUUCAUUAGAUCCACUGGAAUGAAAUUGGAAGCCAUAGACUCGAGAAAUGCCAUCUCGACUUACAAUAUACUGAAUGAGGAAAGUAGGAUUGUGGCUGCUGCACUAAUACCAUAUGGAGUUUCUUCAUGAUGCAUAGACUCGAUGUAAGACAAACAUCCAUGCUCCUUCUAGUGUUCAAUAGUUUUGAUCAACCAAAUAUUGAGUAGCCAGAAAUGUGUUCGCUUCUAUUGGAUCCGACAAACAGUUUCAAUGCCGAACAGAACCUGCUCUAAUUUGUGUAGCGAUUAAAGGUGGCAUCAUGGGGACGGUUCAUGUGUUUCAAUUUUGACAUGUCUAUUAGAGAGGCUGGGUGAAACCAUGUCAAUAUCAUCCAACGCUUUAAUUUUCCCCUCCCAUUAUAUAUAGUAGCUGGUCAAUCCAUCUCUACAAGACUUGGUAGAAAUAUCAUAACUCUAGAGAAGAUACACGGUUUUGAUGAUAGCAUUAUAGUUGUUGUGCAACGCCGUAUGUAGUCAUUGGUUUCUAUUGAGUUUCUUAUUGUUGGCAA